AUGUCGAAGGGAAACGCAGUCGGAAUCGAUCUCGGCACGACCUUCUCGUGUGUUGCCGUCUUCCAGCACGGAAAGGUAGAAAUCAUUGCCAAUGACCAGGGCAACCGCACAACGCCCAGCUAUGUUGCCUUCACUGACACCGAACGUCUGAUUGGAGAUGCAGCGAAAAAUCAGGUGGCAAUGAAUCCCUCUAACACGGUGUUUGAUGCGAAGCGUCUGAUCGGCAGACGUUUCGAUGAUCAGAUGGUGCAGUCUGACAUGAAACAUUGGCCCUUCAAAAUAGUGAAUUCGGGUGGAAAGCCAAAGGUUGAAGUUGAAUAUCGUGGGGAGAAGAAACAAUUCAGUGCUGAGGAGAUCUCCUCUAUGGUGUUGGUGAAGAUGAAGGAGACGGCUGAGGCAUACUUGGGCAAGAAGGUGAAUGACGCGGUGGUC